AUUAGUCAAAAGUCAAAUAUAAAGUGCUUAAAUGAAAUUAUUGAAUAUUGGUUUUCAGAGCUUGACAAGAGAUUAACGAAAAUUAAAAAGAAAAUUGAAACACUUCUCAAAGAAAGAUACUUAAGAGCUAAUGGCUGACCGGAAUCUGCCAAAUCGAAUCGGCUGCAGUAAACGGGUUAACGCAAUGCGGUCCUUCAUGCCAGGCUCGGCUGGUGCGGGUUGUAUAUCCUUGGUCCCGUCUGCGACCAUCCUGGCUUCGUUAAGUGAUUAAUCAUGCUCGUAUAUUUUCCAAGUGAAAUUCAAUUUGGACCGCAACGUCAGUGCAAGAACCACAACAGCCGUCCAGGCGACAGCAAAAUAUAAGAAAUAAAAAAUCAAGCUCCGGAAAAUCCGAAGGACAUACCCGAGGGGAGAACGGACAACGGCAACGAUAGAAAGGAGGCAGGAGGAACUGCAUCCGCUGCUUGGCAGCCCGGCGGCGAGUCCUGGCCAAGGACAUGAAAAUGCGCUUCAUUAAUUUGGCUGGCAGCCGCGGACUGUCUGAGGGAAAUCAGCAGCACAAGCAGCACCAGAAGCAACAGCAACACCAGCACCAGCAGGAGGAACAGGAGCAGGAACUGCCGGGGAAAUUGGAACAGGAACAGGAACUGGAACUGGGACUCGCGUCAGCUGCAACGACACAGCACUGAGUUGCAAUGGUGGAGGACAAUGGGUCGCCGGAAGUGGAAGGAGCGGAAGGAGCCGUUGCCCCGCUUUUGGCGCUCCUCCGGGUAGAAGGCCUCAAUCAGACGCAGACCCGCUCUCCUUCGCCGCCGCUCUUCGGUAGCUACAACAUCUCCGAGGACGUCUACUUCUACUUCAAUGGGUUGCCAACGAGCACAGAGCUCGUCCUGAAUGCCACCACCUUGAGUCCUACGGUGGGGACAAGUGGUGGCACCACCACGCCGGAACCCGAUCUCUCAGAGUUCCUGGAGGCCCUGCCCAACGACAGAGUGGGUCUGUUGGCCUUUCUCUUCCUGUUCUCCUUUGCCACGGUUUUUGGCAACUCCCUGGUCAUAUUGGCCGUCAUCCGGGAGCGGUACUUACACACGGCCACCAACUACUUCAUCACCAGCUUGGCUGUGGCCGACUGCUUGGUAGGGCUUGUGGUCAUGCCCUUCUCGGCUCUCUACGAGGUACUGGAGAACACCUGGUUCUUCGGCACGGACUGGUGCGAUAUCUGGAGAUCUCUGGAUGUGCUUUUCAGCACUGCUUCUAUACUGAAUCUCUGCGUGAUCUCGCUGGAUCGGUACUGGGCCAUAACGGAUCCCUUUAGCUAUCCCAUGCGGAUGACGGUCAAAAGGGCCGCCGGACUGAUAGCCGCCGUGUGGAUCUGCUCGAGUGCCAUCAGUUUUCCGGCCAUCGUUUGGUGGCGAGCAGCGAGGGAUGGCGAAAUGCCGGCCUACAAGUGCACCUUCACCGAGCAUUUGGGCUACUUGGUCUUCUCGUCGACGAUAUCCUUCUACCUGCCGCUACUGGUGAUGGUGUUCACCUACUGUCGGAUCUACAGGGCAGCUGUGAUCCAGACGAGGUCCCUGAAGAUAGGAACCAAACAGGUCCUCAUGGCUUCCGGGGAACUGCAACUCACUUUGCGUAUUCAUCGUGGUGGCACCACCCGCGAUCAGGCAAAUCAGGUUUCAGGUGGUGGAGGUGGUGGAGGAGGUGGUGGCGGUGGUGGUGGAGGAGGAUCCCUGAGCCACUCGCAUUCCCAUUCCCACCACCAUCACCACAAUCACGGAGGUGGCACGACGACCUCUACGCCAGAGGAACCCGACGAUGAGCCACUAUCUGCUCUGCACAAUAAUGGCCUGGCUCGCCAUCGACACAUGGGCAAGAACUUCUCGCUGUCCAGGAAACUGGCCAAGUUCGCCAAGGAAAAGAAGGCGGCCAAGACGCUGGGCAUCGUGAUGGGCGUGUUCAUCAUCUGCUGGCUGCCCUUCUUCGUGGUCAACCUGCUGUCCGGGUUUUGCAUCGAGUGCAUCGAGCACGAGGAGAUCGUGUCGGCAAUCGUCACCUGGCUCGGCUGGAUCAACUCCUGCAUGAAUCCUGUGAUCUACGCCUGCUGGAGCAGGGACUUCCGCAGGGCCUUUGUGCGUCUGCUGUGCAUGUGCUGUCCUCGCAAGAUUCGCCGCAAAUACCAGCCCACGAUGCGUUCCAAGUCGCAGUGCCACGUGGCCGCUGCAAUGGUGGCUGCCUCCACCUCCUUUGGCUACCACUCGGUGAACCAGAUCGACCGGACGCUCAUGUGACGACAGCUGAGCAGUUGCAGCACCUGCAGCGGUGGCAGCAACUGCGGUGGCUCGCGAUCCGCCCACCACCAGCACCACUCUUCCGGAACGGCCACCCCCUCGUCCUCGCAGCGUUCCUGCACCAGAUGCCAGAGCUUCCAUCGCCACCAUCAUCGUUCCAGGCGCCGCAGCUCGGGGAUGCAGUUGCGCGGCGAUUACAGUUCCACCACGGCGGUCAAUAGUGCCCUGGCCAAGACCAUAGUCACGAUCAGUGCCCCUCCGGUGGCGGCUGCCUCGGCCAGUUCCCUGCAUUUGGGAGCCGGAGGACGUCCCUCGUCCGUGUCCACCUUGACGAUCGCCUCCGUGCCACCCACUUUGAGUGGGGCAGGAGGAUCUGUGAGUGGGGCCAAUACUCCACUUGCACCCAGUCUCAAGGCUUUGACUCCUGGUCCCUCCAACUCAUCGGGUCACCAUGUGUCCUUCAUGCCCAUGACGGGCAUGAAACGUUUGCGCAGCUCCAAUGCCUCGCUGGGAUCGCCCAAUGGAAUCAUCAGUUCUGUUGUUGGGGUAGACACCACUUCGGCACCCUCGCUAAUCGAUGCCAGCGAGGAUCAGGUCCAGAUGAGGAACCACCACCGCAUCCUGGAGCAGUGCCAGAGUGUUCAGAGUCAGAUAACCACUUUGGGCGAUGUCGAGGACGACGAGGAGGUCAGCGACAGCGAGAGCGAAAGCAUUGGACUCGCUUUGGUGGAGACUACGCCCCAGCUGGAGAGCCAGCCGGUGGAGGCUUCCAGUUCCUCCGGCUCCUCGGUCAAGUAAACUCAGCACAAGAAUCACAAAACAAAGCCCAGACAUUAGCUUUAAGAUUCAACCAUAUAGGUGUGUUUAUCAGGAGAAAUCGAUGGGAAAUAGUUGGGAUUACAAGAAAACUUUGGACAUUUCUAAGACUUUAAGCUUUACAAAUUAUUAUUCUUACUAACUUACUUACUAUUACUUAUUAAGGUUUCAUUAAUUACAUUGAUUUCCAUGACUAUUUUGUAUAUAAAACCCAGCAGUUAACUUACUUUUAGAGGCAAAAUACUGGUAAAAUAAAAGGCAACCAUAACCUUACCCACAGUGGCUUGGAAAUGUCCAUUGAUUUUUGAACCUCCCCAGAAAUCGACCCAUCCAAAACGCGUGUACAUAGCAAUCUAGUCACUCAUUAGCUUAUCGAUCGGUGAUAGAACACUAUGCAACAGGAAACCCUACUAUAUCGACCCCUACUACAAGGACUCAGUCACUGGCGGCGGUUGCAUAGUGGGAAUUAGUGUUACUGUUAGCUGUCAUAUCUUAGAUCUUCCAUUACGUAGAUGUAUUCUGUUCUGUAAAUGUCUCAAACGUCUAGCAAUUGAAUUGAAAGCUACGUCUUCAACCUGUCCAAGUACCUGACUCUCUCGAACCCAAAUACUACGCUAAACACUGUACAUAGCUUGACUUAGACCUCUAACUACCUUCUAUCUGGCUCAAACUAGCUUUCUGUUACUCGAUACUUGUUUGUUAAUAGCAAUUAACUGAAAUGAAAUUAACUCUACGGGUGCAAUAUGAAUUUAUACCAACUUUAAGGACUCGAACAAUCAGGCAAACCGGCUUCAAGACCAGCUCCCCGUCGUCGUAGAAGAUUCAAGUACAAAAGCUCUUGCAAAUUGUUAGCUAAUUAUCUGCCCAUCCUUAAUUACGUUCUCUGAGCUACCAGUAAAACUAUAGCAAUAUGGAAAUACAUAGAGUGAAUGUUAAAUGUGCUUCAGACAGCCGAAAGUUGAAGUUGGGGAAUUCAGCCAUUGCGGCGGCUUAAUGAAUUAAUCCUUCAAAGGGUUCGCCCAUCCAUUUCUACGAUCCAUGUACGACUACAACUGCUUAUGACGGCUAAGCUCAUCCGAUUUCGAUUUUGCAAUAAUUAAUGUGUGCAAUUAGAAUUGAUUUCCCCGCCCACAAGCCCAGAAUCGGAAAAUAAAUUGAGGAUAAGUUGGGGGUUUUGUUGUGCGAGGAAACUGGGAAAAACUGUUGAGUUUAGGAAAACUAAUAACAAUGGCGAGACGUCAAAUCAUACAAAAAUGUUGCUCAUUGUUUUCAAAACAAACAAAGCGAAAUGUGAAAUGGAAAAUGAAAAUGAUGGAAAGUCGAGGCAGGGAAAACAAAGGAAAAGGCAAACAAAUGGCAAUUAUUAAUAUUGAAUAUGGUAGCGCAUAAGUGACAUACAUAGCUCAUAGAGUCCUCGUUGUGUCUGUGUAUCGGUGUGUAUGCAUGUCUAGCCCUAAGUGUACAUGUAAAUGCAUUAUCCUUAAGCAUUAUCCCUAAGCUCCGGAGCAAGAUAGGCAACAGGAGCCGGAGCUCCCACACACACAUCAACUCAAACUCAAUUGAUUGCCACGCAUCUUAGGCUAAGCUGCUAACUGCAAACUGCAAACUGCAAACUUAGAUUUAUAUAUUGAGUGUACUAUACUGUAACUACCAUAUACAACUACGCAAGGAAAUUAAAAAGCGACA